GUCAGACGGGUUGCCCAGCGGAUAGUGAAUAGACAGACAGUAAAGAAGCGGAGUCCAGUGUGUUCGAAGGUUCGUUUCGAGCUUUAACGGAGUUGCGUGUGUUUCAUAAACGCGCGCCAUUGUAUUUUUUCUGUGUAUUCGAGGCACGAGCGUUUUUUCAUAUAGUUUAUUUUAGAAUUUUAAUAUUGGUUACAGAUGGCCAGAAAGAUUAAAGAAAAAAUAGAAGGAAAAGCUAAAACGGAACUAGGUAAGAGGAAAAAGAUUGUCGGGAAGAAAAAACGAACGAAAACGUCACCGAAGAAAAACACUAGGAUGAUUCCGGAUUUCAUUAUACCUCAUUUGAAGAAGAAAACAUUUGGCAAAUUACUAGAAUGGGAAAACGAAAAAGAAGGAAUUUUUAAACUUUUUUGGAAGCAUCAAAGUAGUGGCGAUUGGAAGGAGGAACAUUGCGAAGUAUUUAAAGCUUGGAGCAUAAUGAAGGAAAACUAUAAUGAAAAUGACCCAAACAAGUAUACAAAGGCUAAAGACAGGUUUAGAAAUGCUUUAAACAAACUUGAAGUCAAAGAUUUUCUUGAAAAGAUAUUGUUAGAAGACAAUAUAAUAUAUUAUCAAUUGAAAGAUUUGAAUAGAAAUGAAAGCAACGAAGUCCAAAUGCAAGCUUCUGCUCAUGAAAAUAACAACAAUUAUAGUAAUCAAAUAGACAAUACAAGUCCACCUAAUGUAUCAGAAAACCUGAACGAAAAUGUGCAAGAAAUGCAAAAUCAAGUGGAGCAGAAAAGUAAUCCUUUGUGGAAUGAAAAUAUCCUUGUUACAAGUGGAAGUACUGUCAGUGAUGCAUCACAUGAUACAAGAGAAAUACAUCAGCACAACUUUGAAAUUGUUGAUUGUUUGGAUUUUUUGGCUGAUUACAUUAAAAAAAUAGGAGAAAAGCUCUUCCAUGGACAGCACAUCACUGGCAGAAAUGUAUUAGUAGAGACAUUAACAAAAGGUGAUUUACAACUGAUGAUAACAAAAAACCGAGAAAAAAAUAUAACUGCAUUAUUGAUAAAUUUUAAUGAUACGAGUUCAGGAAGCGAGCAAGAUUUAGAUAAUCUUCAGACGGAUGUCUUGACAAAUAAUGAUGUAUUAUUGCAGGAUGCUUCUCUUUCUGAGAAUCAUCUAGGCAAUAUUUUUCAUGGAAAUGUCAUCACCUCUGAUAAUAGACCUGAAAAUCAGUCAGUGGAAAAUGAAACAAAUAUCUUUGCAGAACUUAAAAAAUGGGAAAGUAACAGAAAUGAAAACAUUUCUGACACGAAAAAUCCAUCAAAUUGCUAUCAAAACAGAAGUCUAAACCUUGAAGAAAAUUGUGAUUCUCAAACAGAUAUUAAAUUUAAUGAAUGCAAAAUACAGUUUCUCGAUGAUAAUGAAGAAAAUGAAAAACAAACUCUCAGCCACUCUCUCAUUCAAACUCACUCAGCCACUCAAACUUUGGUUAACCAGAAUAAUUGGAUACAAAAUCAAGAUUCUCAAAACAAUCAAAUAACUGCCGUAAAUGAAAUGCAAAGUUUAUUAGAUUUGAGCAAUGUUAAAAACAAUUAUUUGGAUUUGAUUAGUUCUUGUGGAGAUAAGUCACCAACUGAAAAUAACAACAGUUUUUCAUUGGAAGAAAUAGAUGAACUCCUAGCUGACAUUCAAAAUUUUUCUGAUUCAACUGAUCCAUCAUUAUCAUUAUUUAAUAAUGAAGAAUUUUUAGGAACAGAAGGUAUGUUUAACUUUUACAUAUUAUAUUUUAUUGUUUUAGUCUUUAAACUAGACUUAUACUUUGUAUAUGAUUAAUCAAUGCUCCUUUAACAGUGGAUGAAGAUUAAGGAAUGCUGAUAUUUUCACCGUGAUUAAAGGACCAUCUUCAGGCAUGGGUGGUCAAAUGGGAAAUCUGGAAGAUGGCCCUUUAAUGAUUUGAAAAUGUUAUCAGUGAGGUGUUGGGAAGUUUUUUGCCAUGCCUCAAUGACAGCAGUCAAUCAUAUGCUUUCCUAAUUGUUUUUACUAGUGUAUCUCAGGUGCUAAAUUCAUUUAUAAUUUUUAACUAUCUGAAAAUAUAUAUAGAACCUUGUAAAAUCUGAACGUUUGAUUAGUGUUUAACUUUAUUUUAUCUCUGAUGAAAAUUAAUUUUGAAAUUAAUAUAAGAUGCUAUAACUUUUUCUAUGCCAAAUCAAUUAGAAAACUUACACUUCAGCGUUUUGUCAAACAUUUUUAAAGGUGCAUUCUUUUUUCUCUGACAGAUGCAUAUAAUAUUUUUCCUUCCUUAAAAUGUAUAAAAUCAAUAUCAUACUUUCUAAAGACAAAUAUACCUGAGAAUUAUUAUUUUCCUUCAUGUUUCUUUUUCAAAUUUUUGUCUCCUGCCCUGUUGGUGCUAACAACAUUUUUAUAAUCCCACUUGUUGUGUGGAUUUGGCAGACUGCAGAGGAGUAGCAUAAUUUUAUGCCCAACAUACAGUAUCUGUGACAGGUAUCUUGCAAAAAAUCCCAUGUCCCUCAAUCUUAACUGCCUCAGCCAUCCAGCCAUCUUUUAAUGCUUGCAAACAUUAAUGGAAUAAGUCUGAUAUACUUAUAAUACGGUUCUCUUAUUUCUGUACAUUUAAUAAAUCUCAAUAAUGUUUAUAAUAUUUUUGAAGUUUGAUGAUACUUAUGAAGUUUCUUGAUAUUUUGCAGCUUUACUCAUGUAAAUUUAUGAAGUGUGUGUUUAUAUAAUUAAAUAUCUUAAAAUAAUUUCAUUGUAAAUUAGAUUAAUAAUAAUUGUUUAGUAGUCUUAAACAAAUUUUAUUUUUACUAGAAAUGGAAGUUGACAAACAAGAGAUGCCAAGUGACAAAACCAAUUGAAGUUGUCAAACUUGCAGUGAUAUUUAUAUAUCAUAGUGAUAACAGUUUUGCUAUCUGAUUGCAAAUUUCAUAUAUUGCGCAUGUAAUGUGAUAAGUUUAGGUGAUUACAAGCUGAAAGUACUUACCAAAUUUACAAUUUAACACUUAAAUAUGUUAAAAUUAUGACUGGUUUCACUGUUUAUUCUAAAAUUUUAUCGAACAAAAUAUCAAUAUUCAAAUCACAUUUUUUUUUUUAAAUUUAGAAACAUUUCAAAGUUUGGAUUUUUCUUGCAUGCAAUUUACACAUCAGAAUAUACUGUCAUGUACAAAUAAGCUAUAGUAUUGUAUAAUUAUAUUUUAGAGAUCACACAAGUUUAAAACUUUGUUUAAUGAUGUAUUUGUU